UCCGUAGGCAAUCGAUCGCCAGUAUCGGAACCUAUUUCUUUCGGGAUGCGCGCAGCGCAGACUUCAGUCUUGCCGGAGUGCUAGUGGGGAGCAAACGAGAUUAGAGAUUUCGGCAGUGAGUGCCAGUACUAGGCGGUAGAUCUUAUGUACUGCAUGCCCUGACUCAGCUGAACGAGUUGCCCGAACCACUCGUAGUGGGUUGUUGACUGUUUCACGUGCGCUCGCAGUGUGGAGUGAUUACAGUUAGGUCGUGUGUCGGGCGCUCUCGUCUUUCUUGUCCGACUAGCGCGCAUGCUGAUCGUGUACUAAUACUGCUUACUAGCGUAUACGGUAUAGCGUCGAGUGGAGCACGUCUUUGCUGAACCUGCAAAUCACGCUGCGGCCUGGUGCGAGCGAACGGCCAAGUAAAUAUUUAGUUAGCUUUGUGCUGUUGUAGUAGUUCACCCGAUUCAUGGGUUUCUCUCAGUGCGCUCGUCUGGGACAAGAAGUAGUUGUUAACAUAGGCAGUGCAGUGCAGUGAAUGAUUCAAUGAACUGACCGCGGUUUUUUACCAGUGUUCGAAUGUGGAAUCGAUGCGCAGUUUCUGAGUUACUCGGAGAGAAGUAACCUCGCUCGUGGUUUGUGUUUUGUACGUGUGUGCCGCCGCUGCCAGGAUGUCGUUGGAGUGUGAACGAGCCCAGCCGGUUGCUGGAUCAGCCGACAAUCUAUGUUCAUCGUUGCCAUCGUCCACGCCGGUGCAACAGUGUAAAAUACAGCUACGACAAGCCGUCAAGGAGGGAAGCCUUGCAGAGACCGAGGUCUGUCUGAUGCAGCUGGCAGACCAACAGGCAAUUGUUCGAGAUGAGCUGAAAUGCUUGGAUGACGAAGGCCUGACCGUGCUGCACCAGGCUAUUUUCGUACGCCAAGGCUUGGCGUUACUGCAGCUACUCGUUCGUCACGGCGGUGAUAUCGGCGUGAGAGAUGAGGAAGGUUGUACGUUACUGCACACUGCCGCGAUGGUCAGCAGCACCUCCAUCGCUUGCUGGCUAAUCAAUGAAGGUGCUAAUUUGGCCGCACUCGACAAAGAAGGUCAUUUACCCAUGGACAGAUGCGAGGAUCCUCUUCUGCAAGACGUGAUCUUUCAAGCAAUGGCCAGAGCGGGCCUGGUCGGGUUGGCCAUGCCCAAUCCGCUAACGUGGAUUGGCCGCUCUGAAGAUUUGUGUGAUCGUGCUGGUGACUCGGAUUACGGAACAUCAUCGUCUGUAGGUUCACUAAGCGAAGAUGAAGACAGAUUAUCGCUUCACUCCACGCAGUCGUUUAGCUCUACUGACGAGGGCACUGUGGAUAGUGAGUCUCCUCUACACGACUCCGGCAGUAGGACUGCACGAAGCAGCUACGAGAGAGACGAGCGGACAGGAAGUCCAGCGCUGCUACCGUUGCGUGCCCAGCUAGUGCGUGUCAUAGAAGUCGAUGAUGUGAGUAGAAUUAGGGGUGCGACCGUGCAUCAUGUCCAGUACGACUGUGUCAUUUCAAAAGAGCGCAAAGUUGUACCGGUCAUUCGACGUUCAGGAGCUGGUCACCAGCAGCUGAGGCAAGUGGAACAUGUUUUCAUUUCAGACUCGAGCAUUGACAGUACGCCUGACAGUUGUUCUGGCAGAGAUCAGCCUGUGGCACAGAGAUGUGGGCCAUCAGAGGCAGCCAAUGACAACCAGGUUGUAGGUGAUCCGUCAUCCCAAGGGCUGGACAGCAGAGCUGAUAGGCCUUCUUGCCUCCACAAAUGCCCAUGUGGUGAACAGGUAUCACUUGAAGGCAAUUGGCUUGCCAACACCCCAGUGGCCAGUAUUGGCACUUGCAGUGCUACUAGUAGUAGUAGUAGUGAAGACAUCAGUGCAGACGUUCAGCCUGCAGCAGCAACAGCGGCAGCAGCAUCACGUGAGCAAGAGACAGCGCCCUGUGUGGUUGCUGAAGCACCUCCACCUCGACGACUUGAACAACAGCAGCAGAAGUCACAAUCACAGGAAACGCUGGUAGAAUCACUUGUUGAUGAGGACGAGGAACAGUAUCUGGCAGAGGACUUGGCCUGUGGCAGUAGCAGCGAUGAAACUAUCCACGCGGCCGAGUCUGACGCCGAAUCCAUUGCUGCAGAGGUUUUGGCACGGGCAUCAUCAUUUUCCUCCUUGUUCAGUUGCGAUGACACACUGCAUCAACUUGUGUCAUGCUCUUUGGAGUCAGUCAACAUCUCGCACUCGCAACACAACACCAGUUACAGUACUUGGAGGAACGACGGAGACGUCGCGAAUGACUUGCCAGCAACGUUUGCCUGCGACAGAUUUGUUCAGGAGUCGACGCUGAACCGACAACGUCUUCUAUCCAGUGUUGACAGCGUUGGGCUGACAUCAGCCAGUGACCUCAGCGCAACGUCUAGUGACACUGUGGCAGCUGAUGGCAACAAGAGCAUUGCCCUAGACAGCCCGUGUCAGAAACACAAGACAGAUGCCAGUGGCCAUGACGUGGAAGAGGAACAGCAGGCCGUGACAUCAUGUGUCAAUGCCAGUGACGAGGACGAGGACAGCCAGGAGGACGAAGAUAACACGCAGGAACCAGCUCCUCGCAGCACCCACCCGACUAGUACAACUGCAGCUAUGGAGGCAGUCCGUCGUCGCGUAGGGGUUGUUCACUACCCCACCAACCAUACUACUACAAAGCCAAUGACAUCCACCAACUACCCGAUUAGCAGCUUGGGCAAGAGGGGUCCUUAUGCGCGUCAUCAAGUCCUUUCAAGUGACUACUUAGGGACUGGCAAAGCAAUAUCAAGACGUAACACUGUCAGUGAGGUGGAUAUGGGAUGGGUCGCUCCCGCCAGGCAAGUCAAACCAAACAAGCCCUCCACGCAGGGGAAACCCCUCAAGUCUUUACUGCGUCAGGCAUCAGUGAGUGAGUAUGACACCAGCAGCAAGGCUAGAGGCGCUGGUAGUGAUGCUGCCAGUAGAGGCACCAGAGCAAGUAAGCUAGCUCGCAAGAAAAGCGUGUCCUUUCCCGCCGAAGUCCUGCUGGCAGAUGCCAUCCACGACGGCGACAUUGAGGAGGUCCGCGGCCUCCUGGUGUCCGGCGCCAUAGCGGCUGACGCUCUACUCGACAACGGACUGACACCGCUGCACUCGGCAGUGCUGGAGCGGCAGCGGGAGAUUGUCAAGCUCCUACUGGCCCGGGGUGCUCGUGUGGAGCAGCGCGACAGCGAUGGCUGGACGGCACUGCAUGCAGCCGCGACGGAAGGUACCGUGCCGGUCACACAUCUACUGCUGGAAAACGGUGCGGAUCCGUGGACAAAGACGAAGAAGGAGAAGAAGACGGCGUACGAGCUGGCCAGCAACGACAACGUCCGGCUAGUCCUGAGCAAGGCGAUGGGUGACGCCUAUCGCUCCAUACAGCUUGUGCCCAGCUCAGCAGCUGAUGCUGAUGUUGAUACUGAUAGUGAUAGUGACAACUGCGACGGAGAGGACGACUCAGACCUGGACGCCGAGUCCGAGGAAGAGGAAGAUUACGUCCGUAGCCGUGAAAGCGAUGUGGAGGACAAUAACAGUGAGGCACAUGACGACGACGGCGAUGGUGACGAUAUGGAAGAUGAGUCGGCGGGGGCUGCGGCAUCUGCUGCUGAUUCAUUGCCAAGGAAAGCGGCCGACAAGCAAGAGCUGGUUCGAUCACUUGUCGACGCCAUUUCCCAGCAUGAUUCUGCUAAAGUAGAUCUCUUGCUGGAGGAUGCCACUCCGUCCGACGUUGCCUACGAAGUUGAGGACGAUGGCUGCACACUGCUACACAUAGCCGCACGUAGUGGUCACGUAGACAUUAUCGAGAAGCUACUCGACUUUGGUCUGAAGCCUUUCUUCGUUGAUGAUAAUGACCAAUCACCACUGGACGUGGCAACCAGUGACCAAGUCAAACUUGUGCUCCGCAAGGCCAUGAGUAGGCAGAACACACGUCGCACUUACAGCACAGCCCUCUAACAACACAAUCCUAAGAUCUGUUUGGGGAACAGUGAAUGCUCUGAUCUCUGCCACUCUGGUCUUCCUCUGCCGGCCGGAUUGUCCUCUGCCGGCCAGAGCUGCACGCCGCCGAACUCUGGUCUUCCUCAGCAGGCUGCCGGCCGGAUUGUCCUCUGCCGGCCAGAGCUGCACGCCGCCGAACUGUACGCCGACAUGGACAUGUUGUGAUCUUUCUGAUCUUGUGAUCCCCCGGUGCAGUACUCUCUCGGUGGGGUAUUCCAGUCUACUUAUCUUCCAUUAUUCCUGUGUGUGUGUGUGUGUGUGUGUGUGUGUGUGUGUGUGUGUGUGUGUGUGUGUGUGUGUGUGUGUGUGUGUGUGUGUGUGUGUGUGUGUUUGUCAGACAGCUUGAUCUUCAUUGAGUUUUGUAGCACUAUGAGUCUCCAGCAACAAAUUAAGUUAUGAUACUCCCAGAUACUACGGUUUUUACUUCGUUUUUCUCACAGACGCUAGCGUACAGAUCACCUUUUUCUACAGAUUGCUAUCGCUUUUUGCUCAUCCAACCUUGAAGCGCCGUUUUGCCCGAACAAGAUUCCUUGAAAUGUCACGCUGAAAACGAACAGAAACCUAUUAUAUGAGCCUGUCACAGAGAAGUUGGCGUUGUGUAUCACUGCAUUACACCAUGCACAUGAUUGCAUUGUCUUGUCUGCGAGAAGGUCUUGGUAAAAAUGUCAGCAUGUGUUUCAUGAUUUUGUCCAUUUUCACCAGCUUCAAGGCACUUUUGGAGAUGCAUUUGAUGAAACUAAGUGCAUUGUAUGCAGAGUCACUGUCUUAUCAACCAA